AUACAGUAUUCAACUAUAAUCUACUUUCUCUAGUUCUUAUUGUUCUAUGGUUCUUGCGUAGCGUGCGUUUGUUGUUCUUGGAUGUUGUUUAUGUCCAGAUAAUGUCGAAGAUUGUAAUGUGUUAUGUGUGUGUUAAUUGUGGCAAUGAGAUGACGGACUUGUAUAAACAAUAUAGCCCAUCAGUGCUAAAAUUAACGAAUUGUACCAGUUGCCGACGAGUGGCAGACAAGUACAUAGAGUACGACCCGGUGAUCGUAGUGAUCGACCUCCUGCUCUUGAACCAGGAGGCAUAUCGUCACAUCCUGUACAACACUGGCUUCCAGAACCACUGGAAGCUGGCCGUGGUGUUGCUGCUGGUGGAGGCGUAUGCUGAGUGGACGAGUGUGCAGGGCCGUUCCUCCGACGCGCUCUCCCCCUCCUCUCACUGGUUCCAGGGCGAAGAGCAGUUCUACUUCACCUGCAUUUACUCCGUGCUUGGCUGCGGGAUGUUCUUCUCGCUGGUGGCAGCAGUGACGAGUGCGAGGUGGUGGCUGCUCCCCGCCCACAAGCCCCCCACCUACAGCUUCCUAGUGCUGUGGAAGGGCAUAGUGCUUGGAAGCUUCUGCCGCUUUCUCUUCAUCCCCAGCCUGAUCUGGGGACAGGUCGGCUCCUGGCACCAUGUCUUCAUCACCGGCUACACCCUGCUGGCCCAGCUGAGGGCCUACUCCGUCGUUUGCAACGUGUCACUCAUGGCUUCCGCAGUCGUCAUCACCCUGGGCAUCGCACUGAAGUCCCUGGAGACGCACCAGGUGACCUCCUGGGUGCUGGGCACGGCCCAGAGCUGCCUCUGUCACGGCUCGAGCUCCGCCGGGAACCACUCCGGCUCCUGCCUCGCGUGAUCCGCACCACUGCGCUCGGCUCAGCAGUUGCUUUGCACCGCAACAUCAGCGGAGUAUUAACACUAUAUUUAUUAUUGUUUUUCAGUUAUUUGAAAGACUGUUUUUCACCACACUAUUUUUGUCAGUUUAUUUCUUUAAAACUCUUAAUUUUUUUUGUUGUGUUGUGUUUUUUUGACAUAUUUUAUUUUUUUAAUUUCCUCAUGACCAGUAAGAGAAGAAACGAGUGACGCUAAUGCGUUUUUAGGUAAUUAUGGCAUAAAUAAUAAAAACUUUAAUCUAUGUAUUCAUGUCAGUUCUAAGUGUGAAAACUUAUUGAAUUGUCAUAACUGAGACGUGAUACAUUCUUGCAUUGAGGGUUACAACCCAGAGGUGUGCUUUAAGGAGUAAGCUUGUCCCGGCACAUUUGAGUGUUAGUAACUUUAAAAUUAAUUUGAUUCUAAUGACUUUUGAGAUAAAAAUUUGCUGUAAAUAUUAUUUUUCAGAAGUUUUGUACUGUUGAUGACUAUUGCCCACCUUACUGGCACCGCUAUUAAGCUUUUGUUUUGUCAUUUAUUUUGCAGAUUUCCUUGGACACAGUUCGAAAAGUCUGUAACUAAACUUUGUCCCAUAUGUUUUAUAUCAGGAAUUACCAAAUUAUCAGUGUCUUUGAGUGUUCCUAUGUUAUGAUUCUGGUCCAUGUGUAAAAUCAAGUGUUCAUGUUUAUUAUAUUUUUACUUUUAAUAAAUUUUAAAGUAAAACUA